AUGUCACGAGCGCGCAUUGUUCUCAAUCGCGCACCUUUCAAACAAUCCUGCCAAUCCGCCAGCCGAACCUUCCGCUCCUCCAGCUACCAUGCGCAUCGCGAUGUUCCCCUCCCCCUCCAAUCCCGCAUCCGCUGGUCAUACUUCUGGUACGCCAGCAUACUCGCCCUCGGCAUCACGACUGGCCUAGGUGCUCGCCACUUUGCCGCGCCUCUCGGUCUUCCAGAGCCUGGGUCAAGAGAAGAUGAAAUCAUCCUCGAUUCUCUGCGGCGCGACAUCGACGCUCUCGAAAUCGUGCAAUCCUUGCGCUCUCAGUCAUACAACCUACAUACCGACACAGCGCUCCGGUCAGGACCGGGAAUAACGUCAUCCCCUGGAUCAAGUCGGAAGAUAUCAGCGUACAAAGGGUGGCUGGAGCUGGAUCUGGACUUUGGAAGAGAAAAUGAAGGCAAGAAAGGCAUCUUGGGCGUCAUGAGUGGCACGCGGGGAUUGGGUGUACAAAGAGCAUUCUGGAGUGCAGAGACAAGAGAGAUGGUGGCUGUGGUCUGGAUAGGAGGAGGAAUGAGUGGGUGGCCCGGUGUUGCGCAUGGCGGAGCUAUCGCAACCAUCUUUGAAGAGAUCAUGGCGAGGAUGGUCAGAGGACCAGAUGGCAUUGUGGGUGUGUAUACCGUCUCCAGCAACUCGGAGAGUGGCCUCAUACUAACACUUAAGAUAGAGCCAGUCCACCGUCCAGACUCCCUCAGCCUGACCUACGCCAAACCAACCUACAGCCUCGACUUCUACAUCCUCCGUGCCUCCUUCUCGAAACCUGACCUCCCUCAAUCCGAGCCGCCACCUGAACCUGAAGCGGAACCUACAAAGAGCUGGCUGGGAUGGUUGUCGCCGCAGAAGGAUCUGACGAAGAAGACCGACGCGUCGAGACAUAAGCAGGAGAUUGUUGCGACGCUGGAGAGCGUCGGUGGGGACCUUUGUGUCAAGGCUAAGGGCACGUUCAAUGGAAGUAGCCCGGUUGUUUGA